CCCGUAUCCAAUCCAUUCGUCAGAUUGUGUUUGUGCCACUGGGCGUCCGUGUCGGUUCGCAAAACAUUUCUCAGUUUUCGUUUCACUGUGCUCACGCACGCACAAAAUCGUUAUCGUUGUAAUUAUAUUAUAAUUUUUGUUUCCAUCCGUGUCGGGUUGGUUUUUAUUAUUGUCAUCAUCGUUAUUAUUAUCGAAACGUAUCAGUUAUUAUUAUAGUAUAAAUUCGUUGAUCUUAUUUUACCUAUAUAUUAUAUUGUUGUUCGUUGCGUUUUUUUUCCCCAAAAUAUUUUAUCAUCCGCCAUCACGCCACCGCCGCCGCCGACGUCCGGGUUUACAAAGUAUUUUUACCGAGUAGCUCUCUUCUUCCGACGCCCGCGCCACGCGACACCGGUAUCCUGACGCGUCGUUUAAAGGUAACCCACUGCCUGCCGAUUGUUUUUCCUCUCCCGGAACCGAUCAACGCCGAUACGAACGCAUCGGAGACGCGCCACCGAAGUGUAGCAUGUUAGGCCGCCAGUCGUCCGCCUCUCUUCGUUUGUGAUAAACAAGGUUUUUCGAUACGGCCUCAAGCUGUGGACUGCAACGCCCUAUUUGAUCCCCCAUCAGGGGUUAUACUAUCCACAAAUGGUUCAAGGGGGAAUUGAUCCAUAUGCAUCACUCGCGGCAGCGUCUGGUGCAUUUCCUAUGCAACAACCUGGACAAAUGGCUGCGAUGACGCUUAAAAUGGCCAAUCCCCAGCAACCAACUCUAAUGCCGGCUACGGUGGCUGCACCUCAAAAUACAGCUCCACUUCCACCACAGGUGGCUGUAGAAAGUGAUCCACCGCUGCCACCUAUUGCAUACUCACCCCCGACUGGGCUUAACAUGUCCAUGGCGUCAUCGCAACAACAACAGCAGCAUCAGCAGCAGCAUCAGCAGCAUCAGCAGCAACAUCAGCAGCAUCAGCAACAGCAACAACAACAACAGCAGCAGCAGCAACAACAACAACAACAGCAGCAGCAGCAGCAGCAACAGCAGCAACAACAACAGCAGCAACAAUCUGUUGGAUUAACCAAGUCUGAACAACAACAAAUCACAGUUACUACGGUAUCACAACCGUUGGAAUGUACUAAUGCCACAAAUGCAUUGACUACACCGGUGUCAGUAUCUGUAGCCUCACCAACGAACAUUACCAAUGUUGGCGCUGGGUCCCCUUGUUCAUCUAGCGAAGACAAAAAUAUCCAAUCAAAGAGACUUCAUGUAUCAAAUAUACCCUUUAGAUUUAGAGAGCCCGACUUGCGUGCCAUGUUUGGGCAAUUUGGACCAAUUCUAGAUGUUGAAAUUAUAUUUAAUGAGCGUGGAUCAAAGGGAUUCGGUUUUGUAACGUUUGGGAAUAGCGCUGACGCUGAUGAGGCUCGCGAACAUCUUCACGGAACAGUUGUUGAAGGCAGAAAAAUAGAGGUGAACAAUGCAACAGCUAGAGUGCAGACUAAAAAAGUAGCUGCUCCUUUGCAAUUACCAAAUGUAUUACUCUCUAGAAACGGAGUAUUGCCGAACCUUGCCGCCGCCGCAGCACUUAGAGGGGCAGCUAUACAACGUGGACGAGCCGUGGCGGCCGCGAAUGCCGUCAGGAACGCGGCCGCGAUGGCUGCAGUGGCCGCGGCGUCCAACGGCGGGUUCCCUUCAGUAGGCAAUCCAGGAUUCAACACCGCCAGACUGCCGGCAACCAGCAUUGCCGUCACGCCCAACCCGUUACAAGCCAUCAACUCGGCUCCCGGUACUUACGCCCCUAAAAUGUGUUUCAGUGGAGUGUACUAUGAUCCAUUCCUGGCAGCUCAAGCUGCAGACAAUAACUACAGGUUACAGGCAGGAGCAGUCAAUGAGGUAGCUGCCGCAGCAGCAGCCGCGUCGCCCCUACUUAAGGCCGCAGCCGCAGCCCAAGGGACUCCUGCGUUGUCGUCCGCCGCAGCGGUGGCCCAAGCGCAACAGGCGUCCUACGUUGCCGCCGCCACGUACACGGCCGCAGCGGCCAGAGCGUACAACGCGGCGGCUGCAGCCGCCAACAAUCAGAUGGCCAACCCGGCGGCCGCCGCCGCUGCUACGUACACGGCGUUGCCAGCUGGAUAUACUGGGCGUGAGUACACCGCAGAAUCAUACUUAGCUAGUCACGGUAUCGGUCCAGUCACUGGAUACGGGCCAAUGUACCGAAGUGGCUACAACCGAUUCACCCCGUACUGAUUAUAAUAUAAUAAUAUUAUCCUAUGAGAUUAUUAUAUACAUAUUUACAUUACGAUUAACUAUAAUUUUUACUCAUGCAUAUAUAUGUGUAAUAAGGCAGCCAUAAAAAAUAAUAUAAAUAUAUAUAUAUAUAUAUAUAUAUAUAUUAUACUAUAGAUCCAUUGAAAAACAUAUAUAUUGACGACACAAUGACGAGAUGCAAGUAGAUUAUUUUAACUUCCUCCCAUAUGAUACCUACUCUCCUCUGACACCGAGAGAGAGACUUGGGCAACGAUUUUAGUAAUAUUUUUUGAAAAAAUAAUUAAACACGCACACACAUAUUAUACAUUAUACUUAUUACAUAAUUAAUUAACUGUUGUCUACGUUAUCGUGUCGUCGUCAAUAUUGCGUAAAAAGUAUAAAAAGCCGACCAUCCCGACCCAUUCAUUACUCUUUUCCCACGACCACUAAAUAUUUUUUUUCAAGUUAAACUAUUAUAGGUAUUUAUAUGUAUUAACGAUUUAGGACUUUGAACCCUCCCCGAAUUUUGUACAUCCGAAUCUUUUGUACGCCAUUUAUUUAUUUAUAUUAUUAUUUUAAUUGUUAUUACCAAUAUGAUUAUUAUUCGUUCCCCGAUUCACAUGCUCCUCCGAGUAGACCCGUUUCUAAAUAUUGUUUAAAUAUAUUGAUAAAUAAUAACCAUGAACAAAAUAUCAUGACAAAAAAAAAUAAAUAAAAAAAACAAACAAACAAACAAAAAAAUUUACCUUAGAUUUAGAACGCCUACGUUUGUGUGAUAUACUAUAUUAUAUUAUAUGCGUUAUUAUUAUUUAACAUAAAAUCGUUUGAAUCUCAAUUGAUGGACAUUCGUGAGUUGGUAGGAAUAAAAUGAAUCUCGACAGUAAUAAUAAUUGUUAAUUUUAAUGAUGAUGGUAGGAAUAUAAACAACAUCGAAAGGCGAUCAAAAAGAGCGACGGACGGUCGGUCGACUUUUUUUAUUCAUUUAAUUUUUCUGUUUUUGUUUCAUAAGAGUAAAAUUUAAAGGCCGCCGCUGCCUUUUGAUUACGUUUGUUGCCAAAAUACCACCGUAGACCACGUUUUUAUUUUAACUGACUUGUAAUUAUAUUUCGAAUAAUUAUUGUUGCGCGCUUGUCUGUGGUCAAAACGUGUGUAUAAUGUAUAUUAUUAUAGGAAAAACGAUCUGAAUGUUCACCAACCCCAACAAACAAAUAUAUAUAUAUAUAUAUAUACGUAUAAAGAGCUCUCUCAAUUUGUUUGUAUGUUUUUUUUAGUUCAUUUUAUUACUUAUAUAUAUAAUAAUAUAUUAUAAUUUUAAGUUUUAUUAUUACUAUUAUAUUUUUUUUCUUUUAUACGGAAGCUCCGAACAAGAAACAUCACACUUAGAUUUUUGUUUGUUUUUAUAAUAUAAUAAUUAUUAUCAUUAUAUAUAUAUUACUAUUAAACAUUUUGUACAAUCGUGUCUAGUUAAUUUAUUUAUUCUGUUAGCGAGUACAAAAUGACGAUGUAAUAUUUAUUUAUGUACCAUAUUAUUAUGAAUAAUGAUGAUAAUAAUAGCGCACAACAUAAUAUUAUAUACAUUUUUUUUCUAAAUAAAAAGACCGCACAAAUAUUAUCGUGUUACGAAACCAAAAAAAAAAAAAAUAAUUUAAACAAAAACAAUUGUGUACCAAUCAUUCGAUUGUUAAUAUAUAAUUAUAAAAUAUAUAAUUUUAAUCCAAAUUUUGUUUAUCCCUCCCCUUGUUAUUAUUAUAAUUUGUAAUGAUAUUUUAUAAAAUGAACAAUUAUUAUAUAAUAUUUUAUGGUUCAAAUGUUGAAAGCACGUUUAUUUAUUUCCUUUCCUAAUCUAUACACAAUAUACCCCCCCACCGUAAAUAAUAUAAAAUAGUGAUCAAAUACAACACAAAACACAUUAUAAUAUUGUAUUUAAGUAUUUAACAUGAAAUAUUUGGUGCUUCUAGUUUCUUAUUGGAGCGAUGAAUGUAUUAUUUUUACAUGUGUGCUUUUUUUUUGUAUAUGUUCACGAUAAGUAGUCGAAAUAAUGCUUCGAUUUUGUACUUAGGUAAGUUUUCUGAUAAGUUAAUCUAAUUGGUGCAAUACUUUAGGUCAAAAUUCAGAAGUUUUCCAAAGCCUCGAGAAAAACCAAAAAAAGUUACGUAAA